CCUGGCAACAUCUUCAACUAUUGAAGAUUUAUUGGAAAAACACAGCUCACUGUCCCGCAUAGUACGAAUCAUAUGUUACGUAUCACGUUUCAUAACAAACCUACGACAUCGCGUGACGUAUGCGCAGCCGGCUACGUCGGGCGAACAUGACUCCCUAGGCGUUUUGCAAAACAAACCUAUAUACACGAACUACUUGACAACUAAGGAAAUUGAAAAUGCAUACAAUAUUAUGGCAAAAGUAGUACAGCGGCAAGAGUUUGACAAAGAUAUAACUGACAUCGUGCUCAUCAAGGAAGACUUUUUACCACCCGCGAAGUGGGCCAUGGGUCGCGUGACAGACGUACAUCACGGCAAGGACGGAUACGUCCGUGUUGUUACGCUAAAAACAAAAGGAAGAGAAAUCCAAAGACCCGUGGUCAAAAUAGCUCCGUUGCCUAUUCAAAAGUCAGAACAAACCAGUCCCAUAGACCCGGACAUGAAAUCUGACUCCGUUCCACCAAAAACGCAUAAACGAGCACGAGGCAAUAAACAAUGUUUUAUAACAUCGAUGUUACUGUUGUUCAUGACAUGUGUGCUACCGGCUACCGCCCAGACACUCCAUAUUGACAAGAUACAAACCAACAACUCGCUUUAUUUUGACAAAAUUGCAGACAUAAGGAUCAUACAGGACGAGUGGAAGAUGGUCGCAUUUUACAACAUGACGACAUAUUGGGAUAGCAUAUGUUCAAUCGAAAAGUACAUUCAACUUAUAAAAACAAAAUGCAACAAUGACUACACAUGUGCUCCAAUUAUUGCACAAUUCGAACACGAGUUAAAUGAACUGCGUCACUACAACGAUUUGCUGACAAGUCACCCUAACACAAACCGCCAACGAAGAGGUCUAGCCAAUGGAGUCGGCUAUUUAGCUAAUACCUUAUUUGGCGUACUUGAUGAUAGAUUUGCAGAAAAAUACGAAAAGGAUAUUGACACAAUUACGAAGCGAGAAGAUCACAUCUUCAACUUGUACAAAAACCAGACAUCCAUACUUGAAGCUCACAACAAUAUUCUCAAACGCAACGAGAUUAUCAUGAAGAAUCAAUUUGACUCAAUUGCAAAAACCGUCCAUAAUCUAAUCGAAGAUGUGAAUCAAGCACAAUCCACGAGUUUACGUUUACUGAACUCGUUCUCGCUACUUUCGUCUAUGGUAGCGGCGGAUGUCAUCAUCUCAAAUUUAAGAAGAAUUCAAGAUACCCUAGUUGACACCGUCACUGACAUAUACCAUGGUCGAUUAAACGUGCAUUUACUACCCCCGAUGCAACUCCAACAACAGUUAGAACUGAUAUCGGGGCAUAUACAGGAUGACCUCACCAUUCCAGUUGACAGCGCUGAAGACCUGUACGGAUUGCUCCAUAUCCACGUAAAAGUGACUCGAAAGACCUUAAUAAUGGAGAUACGCCUACCAUUAUUAAACCGUGAACAGUUCGAGUUAGACUCUAUUAUCGACCUUCCACGCAGAAACGGAGACAACGCCCUUUACAUCUCAACAGCAACGAAAUACAUUGCAAUCAACGUCAAGAAAGACACCAUAAUUCCAAUGACAGAAACUGACAUUCACGCAUGCAGCGCUCACAAAAAUGAUAAAAUGCUCUGUACUUUAAAUCACCCUGUAUACACAAUGAAAGUCGGUGAAUCUAUUUGUGACAUGCAAUUGCUAUUAAACAACAAUAACAAACCUUAUUGCCAAGCGACAGCCAAGAAAUGCGCUGACAGGUGGAUCAAAUUACAUGCACAGGACACCUGGCUGUAUUCCUACUGCCAAGAGCACCCGAUACGCGUGAUAUGUGAUAACGGCGUAUCCACUGAGACAUUGAUCGACACGGGUUUGGUCACAAUUCCUGCAGGAUGCGCAAUAAGAGGAAAAUCCUUCGUCAUACAUUCACAACAUGAUUACAAGAGUCAAAUGUUUGUGCAAGACUUGUACAUGGAAAUUCCGAAAAUAUCACCGAUCAAUGACGUAAUGAAAACAUCCUUACCGAAAGAUGUUCCUAUUUUAACAGAAGAUCAUAACGAAGAAUUUCUUGACAUAAGCCAGAAAUUAACGGCCAUUAAAGAAGCACAUUUGGACACAUUUGAUAGAAAUGACACCACACAUUACGUCAUAAUCUACAUUGCAUUGGGAAUUACUUCAACCAUAACUAUUAUACUUGCUAUCUGCAAAUUGAAACGCAAGUCGACGCCUACUCAACCUGACACCCCACUGCAAGCAGUACUAUCACUGACCCCUGCGGCCGCUCCUGCGACGACGAGCACGUCGGCGCCUCAGCGUGCUACGUCCUUCUCAGACAUCCCAAUGACGCCGCAGCAGAGACGAAAAGUUAGCUUUAGGGACUUAAAUGAAGAAACAUAAUCAUUUACUUACCUCUUUUACAGUGUUCACUACUAUUUUUAUAGCAUUUCUUUGUUAAAUUGACAUAUGGUUUUUACUCAUUUAUUUAACGUCUAUAAUUUUGCAUACUCUUAGGUUGCUUCUCGUUGUUUUGCUUUAUAAGUGGCAGUAUGUACGAUCUAGCUAUCGUACAGCGUAGGAAUAGCAUGUACUGUAGCAAUGCCUUUACGCAAAUAUGCGCACUCGCGCGACCUAGAUUAUUUAUUCAACACGUGUAAUUGCAUUAAGUACCAAAAUCAGUGCAUUAAAGACUAUGGUUAACAACAAACGUAUGUGAGUUAUUUAUGGGUUCCUGGGAUUCUGACAGUACCGUCAACU